AUGAAGGCGCCACCCUGCAUCCUCGCGUUUGCAUCUUUGACUGCAUGCGUCCAAGCUCACGGUUACAUCUCCAAGCCCAAGGCAACCUACCAACCCAACACCCCGUACACCGAUUACAACGCCAUUACGACUGCUGCAGUUAACAAGGGCUUCGCCGGUGGCAAAUACAAUGGAAGUCCCUCGCAGAACACGCAAGUAUUCACCGAGCACUGGAACGCUACGGGUUACAAGUCACUUCGUGACAUGACUGACCCCAUCGCCACAGACUACGGACACUCCGUCGAAACGGCAACCCCUGUCGACGUGACGGGAUACACCGAGAUGUGGUGGCAGAACAAUGAGUACAAGGAAGGUUUCAUCGCCUCUCACGAAGGUCCUUGUGAGGCGUGGAUUGGCGAGACGCAGGUCUUCCACUACGACAACUGUGCUGCUCGGUUUAAGUCGUAUCCGGCCAAGAUUCCGGCGGACUAUUCGUCGUGCAAAGGCGACUGCCUGUUCGCGUUCUACUGGCUGGCGCUUCAUGAGCCAAACUGGCAGAUCUACAAGCAGUGCGUGCCGAUUACGAACAAUGGGUCUGGUGCGUCCACCACGACUCAAUCAUCUAGUGUGGGUGACAACGGAGGCUCAACAACUACACAGGCGUCUGCUUCUACCGAUGAUGGACCCUCUGAUGAUAUUCAGACUGUCACAUCAACAGACAACAGCGCCUCGGAUGUGACACAAUCAGAAGCGUCUGUAGGAGGCGAAGCUUCAAAUGCUGAACAGACCGAGUCGACGGAGGCACCAUCCUCUACCUCAAACACUCCGGCUCCGGACACCGCCACUCCUGAACCUCAGCCUGCAACCGACGCACCGGAAACUACGCCCUCUGUCCCUGAAGCUGCUCCAGCGACGCCGACAGCAACAGAAGCUGCCACCCCCUCGGGCAAGUGUGUCCUACGUCGCCGUAGUUAG